GUCAUGUAAACCACAACCACAGUCUAGUUUUCUUCACUUCUAGUCAGUCGCCGAUUCUCGCAUCCAUCACCAGCCCCCUUAACCAACCAUGGAGCAAUCCCACCCCGCGUGGCCUUGUGACGGGAAAUGUAGGGCAAUGAUUCGAAUCGAUUCGAAUGGAACAAAAUGACCCAGGCCCUAGUCUCCUGCAUGUGGCAGGGAUUAUCUGCAGCUGCAGGGGCGCGUCGCCCACAGCAGGACGGGCGAAAAGGCGGUGACUGGUCUCGCGCGGGUUGGUGGGCUGUUUUGGCAGCUCCAACGGGCGCGGUGAGAGAGCAAUCACGUCAAGCCCAAGCCCUCAAACACGAGCGGGACUACCUAGCGGGACUACCUACUCCCACACGACGACCUGCAAGCGAAGACAGAUGCAUCCAGGCCGCGAUGCCCUAGUGGACCGCACAAUGCGAUGCGGUAUGCCUGCGAUGGCUCCAUGGCCUGGCCCGGCGCCCGCAAAGUGGCAUGCUGGCUGCGUCGGAUGUGCCGGGACGGGCUUCUGGGGACUGUCUUAUAUCCAGAGGCUGUGCCCACAACAUUCACGCCGUUUGUUGGGAUUUCAGACUUUUCCGCAUCCACUUCUGAUUUAUUUCUGGUUUUCCCCCCUCCAUCACGUCCUGUUUGCUGCCGCUCAAGUGACACCAAGCCCUCACACCCCCUCAUCCGCCCCCCUUUUCGGCCUAGCACACACCACACACCCGUCCAUCGGCUUCCUAUGUCGGUCUCCACUCCCACGCCCUCGCACCAGCUUAACAACUGUACCUCCCACCUCGCACACUAGCCGAAAAUCUCUUUCUGUCUUGCAACUUUGACAGACAGCACGAACCCCGCGAAGACGAUGACGCGACGUCUGCCCGGAGCCAGGACAGUAUCGACCCUCUGAGUUACAAUUUACAGCAAGAAACGGGCAAACGAGACAGACACCAUGUCCGAAUCCGUCCGUCAGGGGACUGUGAUCCUUGUCCCUACCGCCUUCCUGCUCUCGGUCCUGGUUCUGGGUCAGACCAUCUCGCGUUACGCCUCCGCCUAUGUCUCUGCCCCGACAGAGGUGUUGAUCUUCAUCGACGCUCUUGACUCCUCUGUCGAGGAAAACGAAUCUUACGACCGCGACCUGACCCGGGUCCCGCGGCUUGAAGACAAGCUCCGGCUCGGCCGGCUGCUGCGCGAGAUCCAGAAGGCUGGCGAUGAUCUGCGCGAGGAUCUCAACGGCGUCCUGGUCCCGGCGUCGGCCUACAAGCCGCUCUUCGUCGAGAUCACUGGUGGUCUCAAAGGUUGCGCCGGCAGCGGCAGCAACAUGGCCGUCGGCCUGACUAGGGCCCGCCUGCGCAUGCCUGCGCGAAUCCUGUGGGCGGCCCGGCGUGACCGUCUCAACGAGAGGUUGCGACGCAUGGACAUGAUGCGCAUGCGAUUUCUCGUCGUCUACAUGAGCAUCGUCUCAUCGGCCCCCAUGACCUCGGAGAAGGUCGAGAAGCAGGCGCCGGCCUUGCCAUGCACGCCGGAGAGAGCCAUUCCUCCGGCUCCUCCACUGCCCAGCCACCCACACCACCACUUCCCCGCUCUCGGGGUGUCGAUGGGUGAGAAGCGCAAGCCGCCGAUGCGCCGGCUCACCACCCAGGCCAUGGGUCACCAUGACGCCACCCUCGAUGAAGACAAGUUCGGUGGCACCCACCGGCGAGGCUGGGCCGGCGUCGUCCAAGAGCUACAGCGCUCACCCAUGAUGCACAAGCGCCAUGCCAGCGUCGAGAACCACAUGCGACGGGCACAGACACCUUGAGCCAGCGCAGAACAACAUAGCCCCCGUUCUCACGCUUUGCAAGGACAAGCAUCAACCAAUAUUCGCUUCGUGCGACCAAGCUGCGCCUGCCUUCGACGGCACUGCUGGUCGCUUCUCUUUUGUCUUCAACACACCCACAUGAUGUCACAUGACACGGAAGCAUCGGCCCCUUACCUGGCGUCCAUCUCCCCCUUUUCCCCCCGACGCCCAUUUUCUUAAUGACACCCGCCGGCCCACAUCCUCCUCGAGUAUUGCGCUGCACACUUUCCUUUCCCAAGAAAUAUUUCGCGAUCAUCUUCCUGGCGUCACGGCGUCCACCCAUCUACGAGCAACACGACCCUCCAGUUCGGAUUUUGACGACUCAACUAUCACGAGGCUACGAGCCACCAACAUCCUAUGAUGAUGAUUUGAACGGCGGCAGAUCUUUCUUGGUUUCCUAUGUCCUUCGGUCUCCUAUUUAACAACUUACCUACCUACGUUCUCGCGUAUUGGGCACGCAGCUUGCCUUGCCAUCUUUUUCUUUACCCAUAGCAGAUACCCCUUGCCCAGGAGCGCAACCAACCGGUUCUGCCUGUCGGAUGCGUCUGGUCAUACGAUACUUCAUUUCUAUUUCCACCCUUUGAACCCCAUUCUAGUCACAUCACCAACCGUCUGCAGUGUCUCCCUUCUUCCUUCAAAAGCCUGGCGUGCUUUUCGAGAUUGCGUACUGUGUGGUAGCUUCGAUUCGUUUUGCUUUGCGAUGCUUUGAUCGAGGAUUAGGAAUCCAAAUUCAAAAGAAGAGCAUACUUGUUCAUCCCGCCGCGCUGCCUGUGCAGCGUUUCAGAGCUCCCCGUGUACUUACUACUCCCGUUGCGAUAAAGGGGGUGAGUGUAUGCAUUCUGGUGCCGGCGAGGUUGCGGUCCAAAACAUCGUGCAACGCCUCGAUGCGAUACACGACGUGGCACACAUGCACUCGGAUUGAGGCUAGUAGUGCAAGCCUCUAGCCAGCUCAUCAAAAGACGUCGACAGCAAAACGCCUAGCGCAAGUGCUCAGCGUGCAAGUGCAUGGCCUUUACCAGUCACCGCUCGAUACCACGGAUAAUAACCUUCAAAUCUUGACAUGCUCAUGCCUGUAGCCAUAGAAGGCACUCAUUUGGACUUGGCCUUUAGCCAGCAGAAUCGCACACUUGCCCUGCCCGUGCUUUCCAGCUGUUUCCUUGUGCGUCUUCCCGGCGCUGUUUCCAAUAUCCUUGCUGGCUGUUAUAGUUCUGUGCUGGUGGCACAGGUUUGGGGCUCAGAAGUGACCCCUGAGCCAUCUCGACACCAGAUGUCAGCCAGCGGCGCCAGCGCCGGCUGCUGCCCUGGGCGGCGCUUGGUCAGUGUCACAUGUUGCGGGCCAAGGAACUCACGAUUGGGCCAAGACGGCCGUUAUAUAAAGGAGCAGGCCAAGUCUGUCCCGAGGGGGUGCCUUCUCCUUGCCUCUUUCUUUCCAUCUCUCAAGAUAUCCCCAUAUUGGCACGUACUGGCGACCGCCCUUUCAUCUAGCCUAUCACACUGGCUCCUUUGGCAAGGGCCAGUCCGCCACACUCGACGUUGCACUUGGCCGUUGCUCCGUGCAGCGGUGUGCCUCAAUGCUCCCCGUCAGAGGAACCUAUUUUUACUCGCUAUCAGCGGGGAUCUCGCCAAUCAGCCCUGUCUUGCAACAGAAUCCCCCUCCCUCCCUCCCUCCCUCCCACUUGGGCUUCCUCCUCCUCCUCCUCUUCUUUACCCCUUCAAUAUUAACCCUCCUUCCUAGAAUAACCAUUGUUUGUUUUGUCCACUUGUCUGUGACUGUGAGGAUAUUGUUAGAACCCGAAAGUUUCAAGUGCCCAUGGAGUGCCCUUCGAAGGAACCUCCGGGAUGCUGAUGAGGAAGUCCAUGUGCAAUUUGAGCUUUCUUUCGUUUGACAAUAUGUUUAGAGCCACAAACAAAUGAAGCAAACAACAAUGAUUAUUCCAGGAAAAAAAGAGAACUAUCAGCGAAGAGUUAUACCUACCCAGUAUGGUAUACCAGUCAGGGGAGGGGGCUGAGGGCGACUAUCGUGUCCCAAGAGUUGCUAUCAAUCUGUUAGCAACUGACUGGAACUUUGCUCAGGGCGUCCUCGAGCCCGCCGGCGUCGUCCGCCUUGGCGAACCUGACGGCUUCGCUGACAAGGUCCUGAGCGGUGGAUGUCAUUGCUGGAGAGGCUCGGUUGGUUGUGUGAGGAUUGGUUUCUUGCUUGUGCAAGCAAACAAACUACUCUCACCAUUUGCCUGAUUCCCCUGCAAGCUGUGACUGGACACCGUCCAAGAUCCUCCUUUGGGCAGCUCUAUCCUGGAGCAGACGUCGUCUGUUGGUGCAUAUCGCAUUUGGAUUGGGUGUGAUGGAUUGCUAUUCGACGCCAACACGAAUUUGACACACUUGGGAGAACCGCACGGCUCAACCAGGUAGGCAGCACACCACUUUCCAGAUUCUGGUUUGGAUCUCACACCUAUUACCAGGAGGCGAAUGCCUCCGCAGUAUGGUUGGUUUCAAGUCCCGUCGUCACAUGCCUUUGGCGCUCAUCAGAGCCUUGAUCGCGUUGCCCAAGCUUGUGUGGACUGUAAAUGCCCACACAGCUGUCAUUAGCCAUUUGAUACUACGCUUCUUGUACAUGGUUAUCCCGACCCUGCCACAUCUAGUUGAAUCCGCCCGGCGCCCAUUCCCAAAAUAGAUUUUUUCCGAGUCCA